GAUGUGUCCCGAAAAUUCUUCCCCGUUCGUGGCGAGCAUACUUAUCCUUGUUAUGAACUUGCUCUGGAUUGCGAUAAUGCUUCCGGAAACCCUCCAAACAAUAGGCCGCCAUGAACGUCGUAGAAACGUGAUGUCUGAAUUCAGUGCCGAAUUCUCAUUCAUUUAUGGCCACACCUCCCUAACGCCAGUCAUUCUUAAUCCUAAGUUUUUCGGUUUUUAUUUAUUCUUUGACAUCGGAUUUUCUGUACCUCACAUUUGCUUAUGAACAUCUGUGGCAAUUAUGAUCAUUUUAGUGAUUUCGCGUUCUUCUACGCGCUGUAUAUUUUUGUAGCGACCGUGGUUGCUCUUGUGUACCUAUAUCCUGGUUUGCACCGCUUGCUGAAGUAUAUCUAUGGCAAAGAGUUGCAAUCCUUGUUGUAUAUCACCAAGCGGUUGGUUCAGUAUAGUGUCUCCCUAGACGCUUUUCUGGCCCCGUUGGUCAUUACUAUACCUACCACCGAACCAGCGCGACUGGUUCACUUCUUCUUCACUUCUUUAUCGUAUCUGUUCGCCGGCGUCAUUCCUGCCUUGUUCUGUUUCGCUUCCCUUCGUGACGAACAGGUCGGACACACAUCCAGGCUUGCCGUUAUGUUUGGAACUCUUGCCGCCAUUCAGGAAAUAGGAAGAAUUAUUUCGACAAGUUUCGUCCGAGGUAUCUUGUUCAGAUCUCCUAGUAGCGGACAGCUAAAGAUUAUGUACAUGAUCAUGGCUGUAUUACUAAUUUUGACCUCGGUGCUCCUUGAGUUGGAAAAGUUCCAAACUAAUACAGCCACCGAGGAUAGCGACGAUCGCCGUACAAACGAUACAGUAUAGACGUAGACUGCAGAAGUGAAUGUCCUAUAAACAUAUAAACAUAUGUAAUUGUCCUUUAUGCGCCUGGAGUGAGAUCUUGAGAC